GCAGUUCAACUCUCUUUCCCCCCGCGUAGUUAGUAACCGUGUGCAUCAACGACAAGCUCACAAUGAAGACUUCUGUUACCUCCCUCGUAUUCUUCAUUGCUGGUGCUCUCGCCCAGUUCACAAUCAACACUCCUUCCAAUGUUGUUGAGUGCGAGCCCACUCUCAUCUCGUGGUCGGGUGGAACUGCUCCUUAUUUCUUGAGUAUCCUGCCAGGCGCGACUCCCAAUGGCGCUGCUCUUGAGAACUUGGGACAGCAAAACAGCACCUCAGUGACAUGGACCUGUAACAUUGCCACCGGGACGUCUCUUGGUCUCACCCUUCGCGACAGCGCUGGUUUAGUCGCCCAAACUGCACCUUUCACUGUGAACCCUGGAUGUGCGUGUUUCAGUUGACCUUGUUGAUCGGUUGCUUCGGGCUUAACCUUGGCAUAGCUUCAACUUCAUGCCUUAACACCACGUCGCUUGCCCCUGGCCCGACCGUUGCAACUAGUGCUACUACUCCAGCCGGUACUACCGCGGCCGGUGCUACCACCACUUCUCAUACCACGACCACCAGUACUGCCAGCGGUGGUUCUACGUCCACUGCCGCUUCACCUUCGACGAGUUCCGGUGCUGCCUCUGCCAACGUCAUCCGCGUUGGCGCUGCUGGUGUCGUCGGUGUUGCUGUUGCUGCCCUUCUUUUCUAGAUCCCCUCUGAACUCAAAAGACGGAUACCAGUCGAUGGACUUCCAGAGACAUUCAUGGCUUUUUUUUUUUU